CGUAGGAACUUGGUGAGUAUAACUUUUCCAACAUUGGCUGCAACAUUCAUAUAUCUCGACUGGAACCAUACUAGAAAGUGGAAAGCGAGGAAAAUCAAGUAAAAUGGCCAUUUUUGGAAUAACACCACGCUUUGUUUGGUUUGCUGUUCCUCUGUCGGGAUUUUUCAUUGGAAAAUAUCUAGAUGACCAGGAGACACUAAGAAUGACCAACUUCAGGGAUAAGUCUGCCUUGUUUGGUGGUAGAGUAAAGGAAGGUGAUCCACCAUCUUGGCCAUAAAUGAGCAAUUCAUGCAUUCAUAAACAAAAGCUAAAUUGUUAUAAAUAAACUUAGUUCUAAUUA